CCGUCCCCACGGCAGUGACCUGUGCCCCACUCCUGUCCCUGCGUGUUGCAACCGGCUCCUGAUAACGGCGCCUAUAAACGGGCCACGGGGGGCUUGGCCGCAGCAGCGGUGGCAGCAGAGGGGCGAGGGGACGCCAGCGGACGCAAGGGGGCUGUCCUGGAGCUGCCGCCAUGCCCCAGGCUCUGCUCUUCCUCCUCCUCCUCCUCCUCCUCCUCGGCCUGGGGGGCGGCAGCACCCACGUCCCCACCCCACUGGAGGCGGAUGCGCGGGGGCUGCUGGCAGAGCUCGCCCCCCCCCAGGCGCUGCGGGGGCGCGGGGUCUCCUGCCGGGUCCUGCACCCUGAGGCCCUGCCCGGCUUCUCCCGGCUCCCCCCGCUGCCCCGUGCCCUGGCCCGCGCCGCCCUGGCCCUGGCGCUGAGCGGAGCCGCGUGCGGCCCCGAGGCCGAGGCAACGGUGCUGGGGCUGCACCGGGAGCUGGGAACGCCUGCGGCCACCGCCCUGCUGCGGGGGCUGGCGGGGCUCCGUGACACCCCCAGCCCCCGCGCCCUGCCCCUGCUCUUCAGCCUGGUGCACUUGGGGCACCCUGGCCCGGCUGGGCCCUGCAGCCCCAGGGCUGGCACCCCACCGCCGCCGCAUGGGGUGCUGGCCCCAGGGCGCCGUGGGGCCCGUGCCUGGCCCCCUCGGUGCCGCCGCGCAGCCCGGGCCCGGCGGGACGGCGAGGACGAUGCCUGCAGCCCGCCGGGGGAGCAGGAGGCCCACGGGGUGCUGGAGUGGGUGCCGGGCGUCAGCUUGUUCUACAACCUGGGCACCAGCAUCUACUUCGCCUUCCAGGGCUGCGAGGUCCUGGCCUCCAAGCGGGCCCUGGAGGUGGCCCAGGACCUGGGCUACGCUGGCCUGGCCGCCCUCACCGCCGGUGCCAGCGGCCCCGUGGCCAUGGGCCUGGGGCUGGGGCUGCAGCCAGGGCUCAAGGCCGGGGUGCGGGCACUCUUCGGCUACUUCACGGCGGAAGGGGAAGCUCCGACAGCCCCCGCUACCUACAGCGGCCCCGUCCUCAUCGUCUGAAUAAAGGCCCCGUGGGGCGCCUGGC